UUGCAGUUUUGCAAGCUAAUAAAUGCGCACCGCCGUGCGUGGUGCAAGACUAUCUCGAGUACACACCUGGGCUGCUGCGACAGAAAACAGAGCGUCAAAAGCACUCGUGCGGCCAGGCACACUGCUCUCAGUGUCUCACACAGAGCAGCAAUGACCACAACGGCACACCGCCGGAUCCUACGCGACGUCCUCGCCUGGACGCAGCUCCAGGCCCGCAUCCUCACGGCGCACGGCCGCGCGAACGCUUACUUCACGGAUUUCAAGCCAGAAGAGCUGCCGCACCACCACCUGCGCCGCGGCACCAUGCCAACACUCACAAAAACCGCGCCGGCCUGGGCCGUCGGCUGCUGGGCGCGGCCCCUCUUCUCGGGCGGCGGCGCCGCGACGUCCGACGACCGGGUCCGCAACGUGCAAGGUUUGAAUUACUUCGUGGACGUGCGCAUGCCGGCGGGGCGCGACGUCGCCCUCCGCGCGGUGCAAGGUGAACUACCAACAUCGCUUGACGAUUGCUCCGACGACGCGCUGCGCGUGCUAGCCCGGCAGCACGCGUUCGGCGGCGUUGGAGAUUUUGAAAACGACGUCUGCGCGCGCCACCACGUCGUGGACUGGCAGUUCGCGCCAGACUGCAUCGCGCCGCGCGCGCGGCCGAACAAGUGGCGGCUGCGGAGGAGGGGUCCCGACGCCUGGGUCGAGGAGGCGUUCGCGGGCGACCCGCCCUACUAUUAUGAGUUGUGGCGCCGCGUCGGGCGCCGCGGCGAUGAGGCCCUCGCGCUGCGCGCGGCGGGCCCCCGGGACGCGCUUAUUGUAAUUGCCGGCGGGCGCUUCGCCUACGUCGUGGCGCGCGCGACGGCUCCGCAAUCGUUGGGCGAGGAGCACGCGUCGACCGCGGCCUACGUCGACGCGGCGCUGGCGCAGCAGCGGCGCGGCGACGCCGAGGCGAUGCUCGGCCUCGAGGCUGGCUGGGGCCUCGCCGCGGGCGCGUGGGCCGUCGAGGCGGCCCUGCAGCCCUGGCGCGAGGGUCGUGCGCUUUCUGAGGUGGUUUCUGGUGUCGCGUUUCGGGUUGCGGAGCGCGGCGACGGCGUCUUGGUGUCGCCGCCGGGGGUCGUUGUUGUUGAUUGA